GUAAUCAAGAUGUAGCUUUUCUGCGAAAAGGGAUUGAAGAUCUUAGUUUUAGAGUGGAAAGUGGUUUUAGAAAGGUAUACCGCAUUGUGGAAGCAUCGGGUCUUUCAUCAGAUUUUGUAACGGAAACUCAAUUAGGUCAAACUGUACUAGAAGAAGAAACAGAAAUUGCCUUCCCGCUCAACUUAACUGAAAGUACUAAAGGACGUGCGCCUGGAAAAUUUUCAGACGUACUUGAUAGAGACGCAAGUGAAAAAGAAAUACAAGAUUAUUUCAUGAGCGAGUGUAGUGUACUAGAAAAUUAUGGUCCUAUAAAAGGCAAGCUUAAACUUACUGUUGAAGAUACACGUCAAUCUCCAGUACUAGGAACUCGGAAGCCAAACUUUGUAUUUAUUCGAAAAAAUACAAAUGUAGAUUACUUAAAUAUUAUGGCCAUCGGUGAGGUAAAGAAACGAACUGGUGAAAACUUUAACAGUGCGCAAAUAGGACAAACAAUAUCAUUUAGAGAAAAACUACUCCAACUUCAGCCACGGCGAAGUUCUGUUUUAGUACUUUUGACAAAUUGUGUCAACAUUAGUAUCUAUAAGGUGAUUAGGGUUGAUUCCCAUCGACAGACCCAGUACAGAUAUGAAUUUGUGCCAUCCGUGCCUUUAAUGUAUAACUCUACAAUAAAUGAAAAUGGAUGGAAGUACCUGGUAAUAAUUAUGGAAAGCUCUCCGCAAGACUUGGGAUGGGUUGAACCAUCGUUGAACUUUGGAAAUGAUACUGUAAAACUAAUUCGAUCUAUCAGUGUGGGAAGAACAAGUAUUGUAUAUGAAGGGAAACUUAAUGAAUCUGAAUCUGUGGCUGUGAAAAUGGCAAAGAAGAGGGAUUAUUUGUCUUACUUUGAGACGGAAAUAAAAGUUUUAGAGAAUCUGUCAACGUUGGAUUCGCCUCAUAUUCCAAAAAUCCUUUGUUACAAUGAUAACGCCCUUGUUAUGACUCCAAUUGGUGUGAGAGUUAAUAAUCUGCGAAGAGAAGACAUCAGAAAUAUAAUUACCACCCUUCGAGAUGGUUAUAGCAUAGAUGAUGAAAGUACCGUAUCUUUUGCAGGAGCAUUAGAGUGCAUGCCAGACAACAUCUUGCAAUCAUUAAUCGAUGAUGAAGCAAUUACUAAUGGACCACAAGUUGAUUUGAUCUGUUUUAUGCGUUCAUUCUAUCUAAUGCUCUAUAGACCAUCACUGGAAAGAGUUCCCUUCAAAAAAUCAGAUGAUAUCAAACAACGAGCACAAAUAUUAUUAGAUUUCUGGAAUGAUAGUAAACAAUCAGUUGUAUGGGCUCAAAUUUAUAAUUCAGUAGAUGAAUUAGACUAUAACCAAUUAAUUCAAGAUCUUGAAAGUUUAUUUUAG